AUGAGUGCUACCUGUGCAGAGGAUGACAGGAAACACCGGCAGACCAUCCCGAGACAGCACUCAACAGAUUGCGAAGAAAUGUCCGCCGCACACUUGGUGAAUGGUAUAAAGACGACAGGGCUUGCCUACAAUGAGGUGGUGCGCAUUCUGCGAUGGGCGCCGACAGUCGUCACACUUCGUCUCCGACGACACGCCGACACCGUGGGCAGUCUCACUUCUCUCGAUAUUCCCAAGGGUAGGCUCUCGUGUGAGGACUGCGAGGCGUCCCUUGACGACAGUGACAUGGACAGUAACACGAGGUCUCGCAAGAAACGCAUCAUGACGGAGAAACUGCGCGCCUUCUCGCGACGACCUCUGAAAGGUGUGGUUCGACCGACGGCCUGCAACGAUGGUCAAGAGAUCUUGGCUUGUCGACACAGAGCAGAGAAACCGCGGAUUCCGAUAAAGCAGUUCGUCUUGAUCUCAUUAGCAAAACCAGUGGAUGGUAGUUUCGGAUUUGUCGUGUCUGGCAGCAAGAAAGGAGUCUUCGUCAAGCAGAUAGCAGCCGACGGCCCGGCGGCCCAAGAAGGUCGUCUGAAGGUCGGAGAUCAGCUGGUGCAGAUAAACGAGCGGUCGGUGAUAGGACAGGCGCCGAACAAAGUGAUAAUGACACUUCGGGCAGUGCACGGCGAAGUGGAUUUCGUUUUCGCAAGGAAGCGUCGAUUCAGCAUCUCAGAGCUGCCGCGCCCUUCAGCGUCGCGGUCUGCGUCGCCAAUACAUCUCAACAGGAGAUCAGCGUCACCGUCACCGAUACGUCUCAACAGGAGAUCAGCGUCAGCGUCACCGCUACAUCUCAACAGGAGAUCAGCGUCAGCGUCACCGACGGCAGCAGCGACAGCCACACCACGCUCCAGCCGCAGGUCGUCAUCUGUAGUUAGAACAGACAGCUGGCCACGUGAGUCUCAAGCCGAGCUCACGGCACCGGCGUCUCGAGCUCGUCAUACUUCCGCCGGCGGUGUGAGUAAUUCGGCAAGCAAUACUAGCAUUAACAUUCGGAGGCAGCCUAGCGCUACCACAGCAGCGAGUACCGACAGGGUGGCGCUGGAUGCGCGCGAGCUAUUGACGAAGGAGAGUUCAUUAGCUGAUCUGCACAACACGGCCGGUUACCUAGACUGUCAACCUAGUGGCAAACACGAGAAUUCUGCCUACGGCGAAGACACAGCCGGUCGGUUAGAAAAUCAGACAAGUGUCAAAUGCAGAGAAACCGCGGACCUUCACAGUCGAGCCAAUUACCCAGACCAGCAGUCUGCGGGUGGAUACAAGCUAAACACGGUCAGUUAUCUAGACCAGCAAACUCCUGGUAAAUACAAGCUAAAGACAGUCAGUUACCGAGACCAGCAGCCUGCUGGUGGAUACAAGCUAAACACGGUUGGUUACCUAGACCAGCAUCCUUCUGGCGAAUACAAUUUAAACGCGCUCCAUUACUUCGAGAAUAAACCUAGAAGUAAAUACUGCCAAUUGUCGAACCCCGAAAACAACGCCGACUACCACAUUGACCGUCAGCCUAGCGGUAAAUACUGGCAACUGACUGACCCGCAUAACACAGUCGGGCACCAAGACAGUCAAGCUAGUGGUAAACGCGCAAACAUUCCCGCUCCACCUUCAUCCCCGCGUGCCCACGGACAACGGCUGUCCUCGACGGUACUAUAUUGUCAGGCUUUCCCUUCUAACAACUGGCGUCGACAGCAGUUACUGAAACAAACACGACAUUCAGAUGGAAACCUGCUGGAAACGUACAGGGGUGAGCGAGAAGAGGAACCCCGAGGUCAGCGCAAUCUUGAAGCAGACGAUAGCAACGACUGUGAACGAGCGCCGACGACGUUACGAUCGCAGAGCUACAGAGACGUGUCGACGCACGGACGACAGCCGGUAGAGGGCAAGGCAGUCUUAGACGAGCUGAAGGCAGCGCUGGAGAAUAGGAGGGAAGAAUCACCGGAUGUUUGUAGCACGGCGAUGCCCCUCCUUGACGUUAGGACUCCGUGCACACUAUCGAAGGCAGACUCUUGGCCGCGGCACAUGCAGACAGCGGGUGAUUCAAUAGAUCGCCGCCAGAUGUCGUCGGCUGUAUCAUCUCACCGCUAUUUACCGACGCUGGGGGGCGUGCACCACGCGGCAGACGACGUCAAUCUUGACGAUGUCUUCAACGACUACGAUGACGUCACCGACGGAUGCCGCGAUAUGUAUUUGAUUUCGAAUUACAGUGAUAAAUAUAAUCGGAAUGUGAAAAUCUAAUCGAUCCUGGCCAAUUAAAUUACCGACGGUUUCAUUUACGGAAUAAGCAUGCAGGCCGCUGAGCUAGCCAUGUUUUUGGAUCAAUUUAUAAUUAAUUUAUAAUCGGUAGGUAUUUAAUUGUUUAUCGGUGUUUGACUGGUCGCUCACCGAUUUCUAACUGCAUCAAUAUUAAUAUAUGAAUAUUAUUAAAAUAAAUCCUAGCGAUAUAUAUAUAUAUAUUUAUGUUUCCGUACGUUUCCGAAAUUGUAGUCAAAUGUAACACCGCCGCCGCCGUCUAU